AACGGCGUCGGCGGCGACGGGUCCUCCUCCUCUUCCUCCUCCCUCACCCCCUUGCACCUCCUUUUCUUCCUCUUUCCUUUCCGGCCGGAUCUCGUCCACUUCCCCUAACAGCGGCCCGGAUCUUACGUAAAGGCAUGACUUCCCGGCACCUCAGGGAAAAUAGGGUGCAAGCCCAGAAACUAUUUCCCCACCACCACUUGUUGAAAAACUGAUUUGAAGGCGUCUCCGGGUGUGAACAAACGGAAAGUGCCAGGAUUUGAUGUGUCUCUGGUUUUGCGCUGGAGACCCUUCACUACUAAGUAUCAAGAAAAAAAAAAAAAACUGGAAACUAAUCCGAACUAAUUCAAGAUUAAAAUGGAACGAUUUGUAGUAACAGCACCACCUGCCCGAAACCGUUCUAAGACUGCUUUGUAUGUGACACCCCUGGAUCGUGUCACUGAGUUUGGAGGUGAGCUUCACGAAGAUGGAGGAAAACUCUUCUGCACUUCUUGCAAUGUGGUUCUGAAUCAUGUUCGCAAGUCUGCUAUCAGUGACCACCUCAAGUCAAAGACCCAUACCAAGAGGAAGGCAGAAUUUGAAGAGCAGAAUGUGAGAAAGAAGCAGAGGCCCCUAACUGCAUCUCUUCAGUGCAACAGUACUGCGCAAACAGAGAAAGUCAGUGUUAUCCAGGACUUUGUGAAAAUGUGCCUGGAAGCCAACAUCCCCCUUGAGAAGGCUGAUCACCCAGCAGUCCGUGCUUUCCUGUCUCGCCAUGUGAAGAAUGGAGGCUCCAUACCUAAGUCAGACCAGCUGAGGAGAGCAUAUCUGCCUGAUGGAUAUGAGAAUGAGAAUCAGCUCCUCAACUCACAAGAUUGUUGACAAGGAGGUUACCACCAUUGUGAUCAAGAUAAUAAUGUGGAGUAUUAAAGUUAUGUGUUGAUUGUGUGGUU